UGAUGAUACAAAGACCUCUCGCGUUGUGUUUCAGAAUUCCUUUUGUUUUGUUGGAUUAAGUGUACAACUUUUUCUUUCCCACAGGAUAAUUUCGACUUCAUCUCUCUACUACUUCCCAAUGGCUGCUGCUUUUUCUUCUUCUCAGAAGAGCUAUGAUGUCUUCCUCAGUUUCAGAGGAGACGACACCCGCAACAAUUUCACUGCCCAUCUCCUUCAGGCGUUGCGCAACAAAGGAAUCAACACUUUCUUUGAUGAGGAUAAGCUCGAGAAAGGUCGAGUCAUAUCCCCUGCACUCAUUACAGCUAUUGAAAACUCCAUGUUUUCUAUCAUUGUUUUGUCGGAAAACUAUGCAUCUUCUAGGUGGUGCUUGGAGGAGAUGGUCAAGAUACUAGAAUGCAAUAGAUCCAAGGAGGAGAGGGUUCUACCAAUUUUCUACAACGUGGAUCCAUCAGAUGUGCGGAAUCACAGGGGAAAAUUUGGAGAAGCCUUGGCUAAACAUGAAGAGAAUUUGGAGGAGAACGGGGAGAGGGUGAAAAUUUGGAGGGACGCUCUGACUGAAGUUGCAAAUUUAUCUGGCUGGGAUUCAAGGAACAGGAAUGAGCCUCUGCUAAUAAAAGAAAUAGUUGGGAAACUUUUGAAGAAGUUGUUAAAUACAUCCACAAGUGAUACUGAAGAGAACCUGGUUGGAAUAAAGUACCGCAUUCAAAAGCUGAGAUUGCUAUUGUGUUUGCAAUCAGAUGAUGUUCGGAUGGUAGGAAUUUGUGGUAUGGGCGGACUAGGGAAAACAACCCUUGCUAGAGCUAUUUAUAGGGAAGUGAAAAAAUUGAAGGCAUUUUCCUCGACUUGUCUCAUUUAGAAGAUAUACUAGACUUCACCACUGAAGCCUUUGCUGGAAUGAAAAAACUUAGAUUGCUCAAAGUCUAUAAUUCUAAGAGUAUUUCAG